AUGGAUCUCCUUUGUUGUGAGACGCCUACUUUCUCGAAAACCGAUCGCGCUCGUCGAGUCGAGGUUGCUGAACAAGGCGUUCCACGGUAUCUUACCUCGAUCGUCUCGUCGAGUCUUUAUUGGAUCGACGAUGACGAGGCCAAGGACUCGAUAUGGACCGCCGCAAGUGCCCGGUUGAGUGAACGAGCAGGGAGAAAUGCGAUGCCUUCAAUGACUCGCUCUUUCACCAUCAACAAUACCCUGACGAUCAGUCUGCAUGAGCCCUCUCUGACCGGCGAUAACCUUGGUUUCAAAACCUGGUCGUCAUCGCUGUUGUUGUCACAACGAUUGAUGGACUGCCGUAGGUACAUACCCGAAGGAUGUACAAAGGUGCUCGAACUUGGAGCGGGCACUGGUCUUGUCGGCAUAUCUGCGGCUUGCUUAUGGAACACGCAUGUUCUACUGACCGACUUACCGGAGAUCGUCCCCAAUCUGCAGCGGAAUCUCGAGCAGAAUCGAGACGUGAUCACACAAAACGGCGGCACUGUCGAAGCACGGGCACUCGAUUGGGCCGACGAAACAGACAGUCCUCGUGAUGAGCAAGACAAAUUCAUGGUAAUACUGGCAGCGGAUCCUAUCUAUUCUUCAGAACAUCCCAUAUUGCUUGUGAAUGCUGUGCGUCGGUGGAUUUCUUCAUCUCCCGGUGCCAGGUUCAUCGUUGAACUGCCAUUGCGAGACCGGUUUGAUAAGGAAAGACAGGACUUGCGAGAUACCCUGCGCAUUCACGGCUUUGAUCUCGUGGCCGAAGGUACAGAUUGUGGCUUCGACGACUGGCAGGGUCGUGAUGGUCGUCCAGCUGAAGUGGAAUGUUGGUGGAGUGUAUGGAAGCCGACUGGGCGAGUUCGGAGUAAGCAGGUUGGGUUGAGUAGACCAUGA